AUGGAGAAUUAUAGUUUGUUUUUUGUUGGUAUGGUUGCCUGCCUUAUCUCCUUUGCUUCAGCAACACCAGGGAUUGCCACCUUUUAUACAAAAUAUGUUCCUUCUGCAUGCUUUGGAAACCAAGAUCAAGGAAAAAUGAUUGCUGCAGCUGGUGAUGCAUUGUGGGAUAAUGGGACAGUGUGUGGGAAAAUGUUCACUGUGACCUGCACGGGACCCCGAAACCCCGUACCACAUCCAUGCACAGGCAAGAGCGUUAAUGUGAAGAUUGUUGAUCACUGUCCAAGAUGUCCAUCAACCAUCGAUCUCUCCCAAGAGGCCUUCACUAUUAUUGCCAACCCUGUUGCUGGUGUCAUUAACGUCGACUACAAGCAGUAUGCAUAG